UAACUCCUACAAUGAAGAGCUUCUAAAAGCAAAUACGAGCUAUGGCAACAAAAGACGUCUAUUGUUUCACUGUUUUAUUAAAUAUUUUAGUUUUGAGUUAGUUUUCUUUGAUGUACCGCUGCUAUUUCUCAACUUAUUAAUCAACUUAUUAAACUCUGCUUGAAACAGAAACUUAUUAGUAAAAGUCAGAAAGAGACUUUGACCGUAACAUUAACACCACCAAGUUAAAAAUUUAUACACACAAAUUCAUUGAUGCUGAAAAUGAUCUUAAAAUCAAAACAAUAAACUUCUAAAACUUAAAAGAAAAAAAUUCGGGAAAUGUGUAUUACAGUGAAGCCGAUUCAGUGAUCAAGGUGUUAUUUAUCCGCAGUUGGUGAACUUAAAAUUUUAAAUCACAAACCGAACUAUUUCAGCUUUAAUUUAGACCGGAUUGUAAGUGACCGUUCUUUUUUGCUUUAUGAUUUGUUUUGUUUUUAUCACAAGAAAAACCAGCGAUUUUCGAAUGUUAUGCGUUAAUACUGGCAGUUGCACUUAGUCUACAAGCUUUAUAAUUUGCAUGUUUAUAUAAAUUUUGAUCCUGAGUUCAAAUACGCUAAAUAUUUUUUUUAAAAGCGAUCGAAAAUUUUAGGCUUGUUAACUCAGAUCUAAGAUAUUUUGAUAUUUUGUUGUGAAACAUAAAAAAGUGCUGACUAAAAGCUUAAUUGACAUUUGCCUAAAAUGAUAAUGAAAAGUCCAUCUUGUUUUGUAACUCUCCCAGGAAAGGCACAGAUUUUCUUUUUCUUCACCUGUAUUUUUUAUCUGCGUUGUGUAUCUUUUACCUUCGAGAUUAAAACUCUCCAACAGGAACAAAUCAUACUUUUAAAUUUAUCCUCGUCAAACAAAUAAUAGUUUUAUGACGCAAUUUACCGUUUGGAAUCAUAAUAAUGUGGUUCAGUUGGAUUUCUUGGUGGUUGUACAAGUGAGAUAUUAUUUCAAAUUAGUAUUAUGACCAUUGUGAUCUGAUCAAAUCAAGCUGAAUCAGAUCUCUUUCAAAUGUCUUAAUUUAACUUAACCCUUCACAUAUAAUUUGGAUAUUAUUUGAAAAAAAAACAAAAAGCAGAAGGCACAUGCUCAGAUCCACAUGUUCUAUUUCAAAGUUGACUAUUCUGUUCUGUAAAAGAAGUCCCCAAUUGUCUUUUUAGCUAAGAAAUGCCAGUUUUGUUUACAUCAUUGAGUGCUGAAUAUUAUUUAUCUUAAACUUACUUAUUUUUUCUCAACACAGUCAUGAAUUUUCAGUAAAAUGUUUAAAAAAUAUAGAUAUCAAUUUGUGGAACAUACUUAUUUAUUUGUUGUCAAAGUAGUCAUUUUAAGAAUUAAACAUAAAAUAGUUUCAUGUUCAACUUUUCUUUAAAAUACAGCAAAACAUUAUAUUUUUGAAUAUGUUUUGCGUGUGUUUUAGAAAUGAUCCGAACGUUUCCAAAAAAGGACACAAUGUACAAUCUGUAGCAUAUUCUCUUCAAAAAGUCAUAAAUGUAAUAAAUAAAAAAUAAAAUUUUAGGGUGUAUUAAAUCUGUACCAUGUACAGACAUGAGUGAUAUUUUUGAGAAGUAGGUUUUAAAGUCUUUUUUUGCUUUUUUUUUGCUUAGUGUGUAAAUAAUAACAGAAAACCAAAUGGUCCGAAGAUGACCUUUUGCUUAGUCGCAUGCCUUCUUUUUUUAUUUUUUUAUCUUUUCCAUUGUAGAUCUAUUUUAGGUGUUUUAUGGAAGUUAUAAAAGACGAACAAAGCUUUUUUUAAGAACUUUUCUAAAUUUAAUUUACCAGCCAUUUCGUGGCACCACGGCAAUAACAAAUUGGAAGCAGUAUUGUUGGUUAUUUGACUUCAUUUUUCUGUAAGAACUGAAUAAACGGUAAUAACCCAUUAGGAGAACUUGUUCACUGUUUUUUGUUCUUUUUGUGUUAUUUGAUUAAAUUCAAAUUUUUACUUUAUAUUUUUAGAUUUUUAUAACGCACAUGAUGCAUGGGGUUAACCCAGUCUUCUCUCUGGACAUCAUAGGUUUCAUUGUUUGAACGGAAUCAAUAUAAAGAAACUAAGAAUCCCUGGACGAGAUUCACAUCAAACCUAUCCUCCUAACUCCAACUUUUUUACAGCCGAAUGUUAAUCGAGAAUUUGCAAUAUUAUACCAAUUAUAACGCCUUUUAAUCUGUUCUAUAAUAGAUUGUCGAAGUGUGUGAACAAAUUUUCUGGACCAACAGAAGAAAUCUUAGAUUAAGGCAUAAUAAACAAAAGUCAAUUAAAGUAAUACUGGUAACAAAAAUAAUAUGUCUGCCUAGAAGUGUCAGGAAUGCCGUACAAAAUUACCGUGAUUUUACUCAAAAACUAUAGGAUAAUUAAGGUUUUAAAAAACAACAAAUAACGGAGUGUCCCUUAACUCCUACAAUAAAGAGCUUCUAAAAGCAAAUACGAGCUAUGGCAACAAAAGACGUCUAUUGUUUCACUGUUUAAUUAAAUAUUUUUGGCGUGUGUCAUUUGUGUUAAGUUGUUUGAGUAUUGUGAAAGUUGUUUUUAAAAGCACAAGUUAAAACGUUUUGUUCAUUUCUGUAGUUUUAAAAAUACUUCCAGUACAGAUCUUACGACGUUAAAUAUCAAUUAAAUUUAACCGUUUACGUUAUAUUUGGUUUGGAAAAGUAAAUUGAUUGUUUUACAGAACAGAAAGCCAUAUAUUGCAUUUGCUUUAAAUAAAGGCUGUCUGAUAAGAAGGGUAGCGUUGCAGAAAAAAACAUAACACCGAAAAAUUUCGGUCUUGAAAAUACUCGAUUGAUUGUGCUAAGUAAAAUGGCUUUAUCAAAAGUUGAGCUUGCUGCAAUGUUGGAAUGCAAGAUCUGUUUAGACACCUAUCAUCAGCCUAAACAAUUAAACUGUGGACACACUUAUUGUCAAGGUUGUCUAGAUGGUAUUUUAGUAUUUAUGGAAGAUGGGAGUGCUGAACUGCCUUGUCCAGUAAGAUGUACUAAAAAGACAACAAUUACUCACGAACAAACAACAUCCUCGUUAAUGACUGUGUUUACAUUAACUGGCAUUUUGGACAAAAUUUCACCUGGUAAAAAUGUUAAAUCUUUAUGUCAGCAAAGUAAAGAAUGUAAGCAGAUAAUCAGCUAUUCCUGUACAACAUGCAGUUUAAAGAUCUGUAAAAAAUGUCAAAAUCUUCAUUCUUGUUCCAACAAAUCAUAUAUCAAUGUCAUUUUCAAUCAAAAAUUGCAAGAACUCCAACCAUUGUGUAAGCAACACGACUCGCUUGCAAAAUUUGUCUGUAUUGAUUGUGAACAUUUGUUAACAUGUGUAUAUUGCACACACAGACAACAUAAGAAUCACAGAAUUAAAUCGAUGGAUGAUUUUGGACUGGAAGCCAAAAAGUGGUUCCAAGCGUUUAUCACUUCAUUCGAUGAAACAAAAGUGGUGUUGGAAAUGUUAACUAGGAAAUACCAUGACGCUCUAACAAAUUUAGAGAAAGAAAGGGAAGUAUUUGUUCAAAAAUUAAAUGAAAGAAAGUUAAAACGACUAGAAGAAUAUCUCAAAAUAUUAAAUAAAGAAGAAGAAGAUCUAUUGCGGAUAUUCGAUGAGAAAUUUGAAGAAUUUAAAGCAAAAUUGACUUGUGAUGGUUUUGUCGACAAUAAGAAAUUACAAGAGUUUACAGAUUACGUUCAAGCUUUUAAUUUAAAAUCUCAUUUUGAGUUAGUUACUGAAAAGUUGGAAAUUGAACGACAACUUCGCAAGCUAUCCUCGUUUCCAAGAACUAUCCCAACAUUCAAUUCACAUCUUCAUCAAAUGAACAAAGCAGAUAUUUUGUCAAAUCCAUUGGGCGAAAUAAAUAUUUCAAUAGAUGACGUCACCACUGUUGGUGUAGAUCCCAAUGAAUAUUCUGUUUAUAGAAACUUGAUUGAUGAAGUUGAAACCCAACCCAACUAUUCCCAAUUAACAACUGAUCUAAUGAACUUAGUUGAAAGUCUGAAAAAGUACGAGAAACCAAUUGUAAAUCCUUCUUCUGGAAAACAACAACAGAAUAAUGCAAAGCCAAAAGGUUUCCAGCUUGUUAAGAAGAGUUACUCUUUUGAAGAACUUGAAACAAUCAUUGAAAAUGGUGAUGUCAAGACAUUUCAAACAAUUCUUAUUGAUCAUCCAAGUAUCGUUAAAAUGAAAGAUGUUUAUAAAACAACACUGUUGAUGAAAGCUGCAUAUUACAAUGAUCCAUCAAUAGUGAAAUGUUUGAUUGAUGCUGGUAGCGAUGUGUAUGCUGUGAAUGAAUAUAAAUGGAAUGCAUAUCACUACAGUGCAUGUUAUGGUCAUCAUGAUGUUUUGAAAGAUUUAAUCAAUCAUGACGUAACAAACAUUAACAACGUAAACAGAUACAAUGACACACAAUUACAUCUUGCAUCUUUUCAUGGUCAUAUUGAUUGUGUGAAGUUGUUGUUGUCUAUACCACACAUCGAUGUCAAUAUACGAAACAAAUGGAAUGAAACUGCUUAUGAUGUUGCUUGUAAUAACUCUAUCAAACGUUUAUUACAAGAACAUUACAGAAAUUAAGAACAUUUUCAGACAAUUAUACUUUUUAAUUUACCUAAGCAAAAAAGGCACAUAUCGUCUUUUUUAUUAGAACUAUAGGUUAUAGUAGAAUAGGUUUCUUAUUUAUUUCAUAAAUUUACGUUCACAAAUUUCAAAAUAUCACUUCUUAAGAGGAAGAAGGUAUAAUUCAUCAAAUACAAAAAAUUUUGCUGGGAUGUGUCAUCUUUACUAACAGAGGAGGUACUAAGACACCUCAGUAGUUUGAAAAACAGGACGGUUUGCUGUUUGUAUCAGAAUUAACCCUGAGAAAAAACAUUUCAAAUAGAAUUUGUUUUAACAAACACCACUGGCUCUUUCUGGACUUAUCGUCAAAAUCUUUUUCUUUAAUCAAGAACGUAAAAAUCACCAAACAAGUUUUCUUGACAUGUACAUAUCGCAAAUAUAUGACACUAGUCACUUUCCAUUAUCUCGUUUAUCAAUUCCACGGAUAAAAUAUAUAGAACCUGGGACGAGGUUGUCGUCUCUAAAUGACAAUUAUCUUGUAUCAAUACGAAAUAUCGCAAAUACAUGAUACUCGUCGCUUUGAAAUACCUCGUUUAUCAAAUUUACAGCUAAAGUAGUUAGAACCUGAGGCGAGGUUGUCGACAAUAAAUGACAAUUAUCCUUUAUCAAUGCGAAAUAUCACAAAUACAUGACAUUAGUCACUUUGAAAUGUCUCGUUUAUCAAUUUUACGGCUAAAAUAUAUAGAAACUGAGACGUUGUUGACCCUAAAGUACAAUUAUCUUGUAUCAAUACGAAAAGUCGCAAAUACAUGUCACUUUAAAAUGCCUCGUUUAUCAACUUUACGACUAAAAUAUAUGGAACCUAAGACGAGAUUGUCGACCCUAAAUGACAAUUAUCCUGUA